AAACAGCAGUCAGCCAAGCUGCACCGAGCAGCAGAAGCCCCUGCACGAGCCGUUUCCCACCGCUAGGAUGAAGAAGAGCAGGAGCGUGAUGGCGGUAACCGCAGAUGACAACGGUAAGGACUAUUUUGAGUGUAGCUUGAGUAAAUCCUACAGCUCUUCCAGCUACACCCUUGGAAUUGACCUCUGGAGAGGCCGAAGGUGCUGCUCGGGAAACUUACAGCUGCCACCUUUGUCGCAGAGACAGAGCGAGAGGGCAAGGACCCCUGAGGCGGAUGGCAUUUGCAGGCCAACCACUCUACCGUUGACGACGCUGCCCAGCAUCGCUAUAACAACAGUGAGCCAGGAGUGCUUCGAUGUGGAAAAUGGCCCUUCCCCAGGUCGGAGCCCGCUGGACCCUCAGGCCAGCUCUUCCUCCGGGCUGGUGCUUCACGCCACAUUCCCUGGGCACAGCCAACGCAGGGAGUCCUUCCUCUACCGAUCCGACAGCGACUAUGACUUGUCACCAAAAGCGAUGUCAAGGAACUCAUCGCUUCCAAGCGAGCAGCACGGCGACGACCUGAUUGUCACUCCGUUUGCCCAGGUUCUCGCCAGCUUGCGAAGUGUAAGAAACAACUUCACUCUGCUGACGAACCUCCACGGAGCUCCCAACAAGAGGUCGCCAGCUGCUAGCCAGGCUCCAGUCUCCAGAGUCAGCCUGCAAGCAUUCAUAGGCACACUCUAA